AGAUUCACAAAAAUGAAGGCGGCUUAUAUUAUUACACUACUACUACCUGUUGUAUUAAGUUACAAAGGUAACUUAAAUCCUCUUUCAAAUGACUUUAUAAACUAUAUCAAUAGCAAACAAAGCACAUGGGUUGCUGGAAAAAACUUUGAUGAGAACUUUUCAAUCCAAGAGAUCAAAAUUUAUUAGGAGCAAAAAAAGGGAAAUUAGGAGUGGCUAAAGAAAUUAUACACAGUGAAAAUAUUGAAAUUCCUGAUUCUUUUGAUUCAAGAGAAAAUUGGAAAGAGUGUUCAGAUGUUAUUGGUACUAUUGCAGAUCAAUCUUCUUGUGGAUCUUGUUGGGCCGUCGCCGCAGCUUCUGCCAUGAGUGACAGACGAUGCAUAGUCUCCGAGGGAAAGCUCAAAGUACCUGUUUCUGCUGAAAAUCUAAUGUCUUGCUGCUAUGCCUGUGGAUAUGGAUGCGAAGGAGGAUACCCAGAUAUGGCAUGGAUUUUUUGGGAACGUGAAGGAAUUCCUACAGGAGGUCUUUAUGGCAGCAAUCAGGGUUGUCAACCUUAUUCGCUUCAGCCAUGUGAACACCAUUCAAAUGGUACUAAAGUACAAUGCAGCACUUUGGACUACGAGACACCUUCUUGCAGAGAUACAUGUGAUGAUUCCACAGUCGAUUUUUUGUCCGAGUUAACUUAUGCUUCAGGUUCAGUGCGUUCCUUCUAUUCAGUUGCUGAUACUCAAAGGGAAGUAUUGACGUAUGGUCCAGUAGAAGCGGCUUUUGAUGUGUACAGUGACUUCGUCAGUUACAAAAGUGGUGUUUAUCAACACGUCGCUGGAGAAUAUUUAGGAGGGCAUGCUGUCAGAAUUUUAGGUUGGGGAGAAGAGAAUGGAGUUCCUUAUUGGUUGGUUGCUAAUUCAUGGAAUGAAGAUUGGGGAGACAAGGGAUUGUUUAAAAUACUUCGAGGAAAAAAUGAAGUAGGUUUCGAGGAGGAUGUUGUUGCUGGACUUCCCAAAGUCUAAUUGUAAACAAGAUAUUGGUAUUACGUUUAAUUACGUUUUACUUUAAAAUAAAAAACUUGAUUUCUAAGCAUGUGUUUUA